GGACUAUGAGUGGGUUUCAAUAAAUUAUUUGAUCUAAAGAUUGAUACUUAUCGUCUGACCUACAAUACCCAUUACGGUAGACUGAGAACAUUUAGAUUGAAACAUUGUGUGUCUUUUAAGUCCGUACGCUACGUCCUAUGGCAAAUAUUCCGCGUUUUGGGGUUUCUGCUAAGUAUAGAGGGAAAGUUGAUGCUGAAGAGACUAACACGACUAAGAGCGGUUCACGUUAUUUUUCCGGUUCAUCAACAAACUCCCAUACUGGUAGUUCUCGGGCUGAAGAUGUUAGUCGAUCAGACAGUGUUUACAGCUCGAAUAUUGAAGAAGAUGCGCGACUGGGGUUUGCAAAUCUACCUGAACAGAUGCACAGGAAAGCUGUCAAGAAGGGCUUCAAUUUCACUUUGAUGGUUGUCGGUGAAAGUGGUUUGGGCAAAUCAACGCUAAUUAACAGCUUGUUUGUCCAAGAUUUAUACAAAGAUAGAGAAAUCAUUGAAGCAAAUAAUCGUGUUCAAAGCACAACUCAAAUUGAAAAACGUCAAAUUGAAUUGGAUGAGCGUGGAGUCAAGUUACGCCUUACUGUUGUCGAUACUCCCGGCUUUGGUGAUGCUGUGAAUUGCAAUGACUGUUGGAAACCAAUAGAAGAUUACAUAGACAGCACAUUUGAACAAUAUUUUAAAGAUGAAUGUGGUCUGAAUCGUAAAAAUAUUCAUGAUCACCGAGUUCACUGUUGUUUGUAUUUCAUAUCACCAUAUGGUCAUGGUUUACGCCAAAUAGAUGUUGAAUUUAUGCGCCGUCUUCAACAUAAAGUCAACAUAGUCCCCGUAAUAGCUAAAGCUGAUGCAUUGACUGCUAAUGAAUUACGUGCAUUUAAAGAACGCAUAAUGGCAGAUUUUGAUCGUUAUAAAAUUGAUAUUUAUCGUUUACCUGAAUGUGACAGUGAUGAAGAGGAUGAAAUCAAACGUUUAGAUAAAGAAAUCAAAGCUGUUCUACCUUUCGCUGUCGUCGGCAGUAAUUGUGUUAUCGAUUUAGAUGGUAGUCGUCGAGCUCGUGGUAGACAAUAUCCUUGGGGGUCAGUUGAAGUGGAGAAUAGUCGUCAUUGCGAUUUUACAAAGCUGCGUAUAUUUCUGCUAAAGACACAUAUGCAGGAUUUAAAAGAUAUGACAUUGGAUGUGCAUUAUGAAAAUUAUAGAGCGAAAUACAUUACUGAACGGAUGUCUAAGCGUCAAAGCGAUCGUCGUGAAGGUGUUGGUACUGGAGCAUUGGCAAGAUUAGAAAAAGAAGGUGGAACUGGCUUUGAGGCUAUUGUUGAUCAAGAUAGUUUACUGAAACAGAAAGAGGAAGAGCUUCAAAGAAUGCAACAACUAAUGAGUAAAAUGCAAGAACAGUUAAAACGUAAUACCAAUGUUGUGCCGAACGCAUCAGUCGGUUUAAAUAAUGGUACAAGUAAUACUCAAUCUUCUCCUAUUCCUGCAACUGGUCAACAAGCUUCUUGAAUACAAAAAGAGUAUAUAGGUUGUUUAGGAUUCAAAAUCGCGUUAUCACAUUUAUUUAUAUCUUAUUAUUUUGCUUAAAAUUCAGUCGAUUAGGUCGGAAUAUGGUCAAUAUGAUGUGCUAACAAUAAAUAUUUUAUCGUUUAUACUAAUAAAACUAUUACUUCUUUCUUUCUUUUCUUGAAUCCAUACAAAAUUGUCUAAUUAAAUUGUUUGUGUCUACUUAUGUUUAUUCAAUUACCGGUUCCAUAUAAUUUUGUUUCAAUAAAAAAAAAACUAGACAGAAAUUUUCUUUCUUCUUUUAUUGAACUUAUUACAUUACAUAUUCUCAGUUUUUAAUUAUGUUUGCAUUUCAUUAAGAAUAAAGGUAGAACGAACUGUUAAUUUUCACUUCUACUGAUGGUAUAUUGUUUUUUUUUUUAAUUCUCUCUCAAUUUUUGCAGUUCAUCAUAAAGUUCUUCCUUCUUUUCUGUUUUUUAAUUAAUCAUGAAUAUGCAUUUUAUCUUACUUAUAUUAUAAAUCAAAUCAAUUGAUUACUUUCUUUUCAUUUUAUUCAUCUAGUCUAGCUUAUUCAUGUUUUUUUUUCUUUUUUACUUUGUGGUUACAACAAUUCCUGUUACACUUUGUUAACCAAAAGUUAUAUUAUUUGAUGUGAAAAACAAACUUUAUAUUUUUUAUCUGUGUACGCAUUUUCAUACUUUUUGUUAAAUUUUGUCUUUUCACUUCAUUUUAUUAUUUCGUCUAAUUACUUAAAAAAAAAUGAGGUGAAUAAACCAUGCCUAUCACAAUGUCAAAUAAUUGUCAAUGUCCUAAAAAUACUUAGUGUACUGUUAUUAUUUUUUUUUGCUGUGUCAAGUGGGUUAUUUUUUCCUCUUGAUGUACUUAGCUGUUUAGAAUUGACGAUUUUCUGUAAAAUAUUUAUGUAUCCGUAAUUAGUAUCUCCCACUUUACUUAAUACCUAAUUAGGAGUGUUGAAAAGCUAAUUUUUCGUCAUUUGUAAGAUAUUACUGUUUCACCAAGAUUAAAAGUUUCUGUAUAAUGAGCUCAGCUUAUAUAAUCUCGGUUUUACGAACAUCAAUUUCUACAGUUUCCGCUAAUUCAAAAGAAAUGUCUACAAAUGUAAUUACGGUCACGAAAGAUCCUCGGAAACUUAAUAGAUUAUCGUCUCAUAUUAAAAAUACUUCAGAAAUAAUCCCUAGGAUCUUGAGAUUAGUAUUUCUAACAAACCAACUCAAGAACCUUAUUCCAAUCUCUUUAGACAAAAAGACAUACAGGCGAAACAGGACGUCGUACUGCUGACUGUAGAGAGAUGUGACAGUAGUACGGUGUUUCCCUCGGGCGACCAGCAUCUGCAGCGAUGCUGCCUUCCCACAAGGAGGGGUGGGGUAAGAUGCUGCCUUCUCACAGGUAAGUAAGGGUUAGAAAAGGUCGACCCUAAAAAUGCCACACCCCACGGAUUUCCAUCUCCAAGUUGGUCACGAACAAUCAUUCCUACACCUAAUAACUCUCUUAUCUCCACGACUAACCCUUCUCACGUCCCUUCAUCACCUAGCGCCACUAAUGCAAACGAUUUGAGUGCGUGGAACGUUAUUCCCGGUCUCCUGAAACCACGCUCUAAACUACACGUAGGAGCUUUUAACGUACGAACACUUUGCCAAAUAGGACAGCAGGCUUCCUUAGCUAAAACUUUAGAAUCUCGCGCCAUCGAUGUGUGCUGCGUCUCCGAAACGCGCAUACAGGAUCCGAGUAGCGUCAUUCAUUUGACCUCACCAUGCCAAAAUAAAGAACCGACUCAAUUUACGCUUCGUGUAUCUGGAAGCCCUGAUUCUGUUUCCCGUGGCCUCGCCGGCGUAGGCAUAUCAUUGAGUUCUAGGGCAGAACUAGCUUUCUUAGAGUGGAUCCCAGUAGACAGCCGUUUGUGCGCUGUCCGACUGAACGGAACAGUAAGAAUCCGAAAAGAUAGGGACACUCGUCGUUGCCUCUUCGUCGUCUCUGCCUAUUCUCCUACUGACUGCAGCUCAGAUGAUGUGAAAGAUGAGUUUUACAGAAAGCUUUCCGACCUUCUUCGAAAAGUUAGGUGCUCUGAUGUAGUAAUAGUGACUGGUGACUUUAAUGCUCAAGUAGGUAAACUAAACGAAAGGGAAAGACACCUGGGUGGAUCUUAUGGUGUCUUGGCUCAAAGAAUAGAUAAUGACGACCGUCUGUUGCAGCUAUGUUAAGAUAACCGCCUGUUUCUAGCGAACACUAACUUUAAGCAUAAGCAAAAACAUAUUUUGAAAUGGUGACCCCCGAAUUCGUCCCAACGUUGGACCCAACUAGAUCACAUCGCUAUCAGCCACCGAUGGGGGGGGGUCUCGACAGAAGACUGUCGCUCGUUCUGGAGCACAUAUUCUUGUGCGAGCACGUAUUUGUCUACGUCUUAUUGGACGUAGGGAAGACGUCUAAAGGAAACCUCUUAGGAUCCUACUUGAUGAUAGUCAAGCUAAGAGUAUAUUUGAGGAACAACUAGAAAAACAGUUAGGCAGCCAUGUAAGUGAUGCCCAUCCCAAG